GGCACGUAUAUUUUAAGUUGUCAACUAAAAAGGAUGGGUAUUCCCUAUCCUAAUUGUAACGAUUUCACUUUAUCUCGAUAUUUCAUGUUGACAUAUUGAACGUUAAUUUUCCAGAAGAGAGUUUACCAUCAAUAUACACCCUACAAGAAUCAUCCACUUUCCUACAACUCAUAUUCAAUCCAUCAUAUAUCUCAUCAUGCCCCAACAAAGCAAGAACAACCCGAUUAGACUCAUUAGCAAAAAGACCCCGUCUAAAGUCUGCUCAUCUAAAUUACGAAGUCGACUUGUCACAUCACCAGGUACUAGGGAUGAUGAAAUUGCAAAUACUAGUGAGGAGGAAUUAUCCUCAGGCUCAGAAGGGUCUACAAGGUCUACUUGCUCUGGGGAUUGUGGAAAGAUUGGUGGUUGUAAGAGGAAAGAGAAGAGUGUGAGUUUGGAGUUCUGAAUGUUGGAAGGAGGGAAGGAGUGGAGGAGGGGAAGAGGGGAAUUGAGAUGGAACUCGUGAUGGAAAGGGUUAGAAUCCAACAUAGGAAGUUGUGUGAGAUGAAGCAGGUGCGGCUCUGUGGUGGUAGUUUCUUGUAGUACUGGUUUGGUAGAGUAACGUGGGUGAGGUUUCCAAGGGUUUGGUUUCUGUUCAUUUUUGGAAUGAUAUGAUACCCAACACAGAUUUUGAGGCAAUCAUCUAAAGCAACAUUCUUUGAGAGCAAGAGAUCAUUCGUGGACCAUCGAUCAUCGUCAAUCUCAAGAUGUUUGCUUCGAUCAGGUGAAAGCACAUGAGGGUUGUGUAUGGUGGACUUUGUAGUGAUAUUUCCUCUCAUUUUCAUGCUUUCAUCUGAGGUUUAUCAUCUACUGUACCAUAUGUAUACGAUAAAAUUCUCAUAUUAAUUUGAAAAGAUAUCUCGAGAAAGAUAUCA